AUGGGUGAAACGGAGUCGGAUGAGACGUGGUCAGCUUGGUUCCUGGAUGCCAUCCGAAAGAUCCGUAGUCAGAAGCAGCGACCGAGUGUCGAGAGGAUAUGCCACGCGAUAAGGCAGCACCACAAUUACCACGAGGAGGAGAUCGGGGAGCACUUGGAGAAGGCGGUGAAGCGCGGGGUCGUGCUCAAGAUCUUCAACAAGGGUCAGUCCUCCUAUAAAGACCCCGGGGGUCUUCAGUCCAAGCCGCUGAAGGUCUCCAAGACCACCGACCUCAGCAAAGUCCUCGGCAAGGCCGUCCGCGAGCUGGGAGAGCGCGACGGCUCCACGCUUAAGAGCAUCGAGAAGUACGUCAGGCAGAGCCACACCGUCGAGGAGGAGGCUGAUGGAGACCUCAGGACCUCUCUCAGGCUAUCGGCCAAGCGCGCUGUUGAUCGCGGGCUGGUUAUCCAGGAUGGCAGGCUUUUUAGGCAGCCCGACCGCCCGCCGGUCAAGAAAGUCGAGAAGAUGGACGAGUCUUCUAAGCAGCAUCCAGCAGCCUUGCCAAUAUGCCGAGAGUGUUUGGGAACGACAGCAGCGGGGAACAACAACACCGCGAAGAAGAAUCUGCCGGAUAGAUUGAGCAAAUGCAAUGUGUGUGGUGCUGCAGUGCAUUAUUCAUGUGCGCCCCCGGAGCUGGCGAGUAUCCUGGACCGCGGAAUUACGUGGUGCUGCGAUGACUGUGCGCCGACUUGUGCCGGCUGUGAGUUGGAACGCGAGUCCCAGAACUAUUUGGAUGAAGGCUCACCUGUCAGCGCCAGGAAAAGACUUAAUAAAAUUCGUGAGAAUCGAAAAUCACUAUCAUCCUACAAGAAGAGCCCAUCAACCGCUGCCCGAAAAUCGGGCGUAUUAGAAAACUCCGUAACUCGCCUCGGAACUGAAAAAGAACUAAUAAAAGAAUCAUCAAGAGGAAUAGGAAGUUGCGGGACGGUGUCACAGGUGGACAGCAGCUCGGACGGUAAUGCGGGUGUUGUCUCCCUCGGUGAACCCUUGGCCCCUUUAUCCUCCCAAACUCCCUCGUCCCCACCUUCAUCGGUAGCUCCCCCACUCGCGGGCCAGGGUAGGCUGCUCGAGGAGAAGAGUGAUCGGAUUUCCAAGGAGAAGCAGAAGUUCUUUAGGUCUAGCGCGUUCAAUGCCGAGCAUUCUAAGAAAAGACUCCGGGAGAAGUCCAAAGAGCCGAGUCAAAAUUGUUGCAAGAUAAAAAAACCAGACAAGCUUGACAAACCAGUCCUAGAUAAACCAGACAAAUCAAACACUUCAGAAAAACCUCCAACUAAACGAAAAGUUAAUAGAAGACUUCCAGUACUGUCAAGUAGCAGCAGCAGCAGCAGCAGCAGCAGCGAAUCUAGCUCUGAAGACUCUUCAGCAAGCAGCUCUUCUUCAGAAGAUUUACCAGUAGCUUGUAAAAAAUCUCCAAAAAAAGAUCAAGCAGUUCAAGAGUCUGAAAGUCCCUGGGGCUUCGCUGCUGCUGCUGCUAAAUUAAAAGUAGACGCUCCGUUAUUUAGCAGUAUCAAUAACACAUUUGGAGCGACUCUUCCUAAGUUAGAUCUUGGUGAGAAGCCAACUUUUGGUCUUCAUAUUCAACCUGCAGCUAGUCCUAGUGCUAGAAUUAAAAAAAAGUCUUCUGCUAGCUCAGGAGGAAUUAAUUUAGAGAAGGUUAAAGGCGUUGGACAGCUUAAGGGGCUUUAUGAUGGUCUUAGUCAUUUCUUCCUCGCUCCUGGGAACAGCAGAGUUAGGUCUGGUGAUAAAGCGCCUAAUUAUGCGCCAGAUAGGAGAAAAAAGAAUGAAGAUGAGAAGGAGAAGGAAAAGGAGAAAGAGAAGGAGAGGAAGGAAAAGGAAAAGGAGAAAGUUAAGGUUGUUAGGAAGAAAGAAUUGAAGGAAAAAGAAGGAAAGGAAGUGGAGGAAGACAAGAAAAUGACUCCGAGUAAUUUGGUGAAAACUGCGGUGAAUUCGAAGCGACACGAGCAGAGCCGCAGGCGCACUAUGAACGCUGUUAAGUGCGCGGACUUGAAGAAAAAUUCGGGGGAUGAUAGGGAUAAAAGCUGUGGGAAUGGUUUACUUGCUGAAGGAGCCAAGCAACUUCAGGCUGAUCUACCAAAGUCCAAUCCUGGUCACUCGAAAUCCUCCCAACCACGAGCCUGUACUAGCGCCAACACCACCAACACCACCACGACACCCCGCGCGACACCCUGCUCCAACAGGAAGGAAGAAGCGAUGAUGAUGCAAAACUUGCCCUCGGGGGUCACGCAGAAGGACCUGGAGUUAUUUAAAGAGGCACGAGAGCAGGCGAACCGGCUGACGGAAACGGAGAACGACGCGGAGCCAGCCUCAACGAGUCCUGGAGGAACGGGCCCAGGAGUAGGAACGAGGAACCCUGCUGCGAUUGUCUUCGGAAGGUACGAGGUUGAGACCUGGUACUCGAGUCCGUUCCCACAGGAGUACGCCCGGCUGCCGAAGCUGUUCUUCUGCGAGUUCUGUUUGAAGUACACCAAGAGCCGGGCAGUUUUGGAUCGACACAUGGACAAGUGCCAGUGGAGGCAUCCACCGGCUACGGAAAUUUAUCGCUGCAAUGAUUUGUCGGUGUUUGAGAUUGACGGCAACGUAAACAAAAUCUACUGUCAAAACCUUUGCCUGUUAGCAAAAUUAUUCCUGGACCACAAAACCUUAUACUACGACGUGGAGCCCUUUCUCUUCUACGCAGUGACCAAAAACGACAAAUACGGUUGCCACCUAGUAGGCUACUUCUCAAAAGAAAAGCACUGUCCCUCUCAGCGUUACAACGUGUCCUGUAUAAUGACCCUCCCGCAGUACCAACGCCAAGGUUUCGGUCGCUUUUUAAUCGAGUUUAGCUACCUCCUCUCCAAAGUGGAAGGAAUUCCGGGCACCCCAGAAAAACCUCUCUCCGACUUGGGCCGCGUAUCUUACCACUCCUUCUGGAAGAGCGUGGUCCUGGAGCACCUGGACGCUCACCGGGACGCAAAGGAGAUAAAACUGGGUGACAUCACCAAGGCAACCGGAGUUUCCGCGCACGAUAUCGCGACGGCACUUCAGUUACUGGGUUUUGUCCGUACCCUGGACAAGACUGUCAACGACGUAUGUAAAGGCCGGAUCGCUGUAGUCGUAGACUGGAGCAAGGUGGACGCUCAUAUUGUCAAGGUCAAGAAGAGUUCCAGGAUUCCUCUUGACCCUGAUUGUCUUCGGUGGAUUCCUCUGCUUACCCAGAUUCCUAAUCCUUAUCAGAGUCCUGAAGAGGCUAGUGAAGCUAGUCCAGAAAUUGUCCAGGAAAUUUCUCCUAAGCCGGUCACUGCAAUGGUGGAAAAGAUCCAGAAGGUUAAGAUCAAAAAGCGGCCACGGGGGAGAAGAAUUGGGGUCAGGAGGUCUGUUAAGCCUAGAAGUCCGCUUAAGACUCCUAAAGUUAAGGAGAAGGAGAAGGAGAAGGAAAAGGAUAAGGAGAAGAAGGUUGAAGAAGAGGAAAUGGAAGGAGGGAAGGAGAAAGAAGGAGAUGAAGGUAAGUGUGGAGAGAAAGAGGAGGAGAAAAAGGACAAAGAUAAAGACAGUGGGAAUGUCGCGGAUGUUGAAGAUGAUAUGGAGGAAGUUAAAACUCCAAGGAAUAGCCGCAGUAUUAUGAACAAGAGUAUUCCUAUAACCAACACUCCAAAACUUUCGACUCCUGUGUCGAUAAGUAGGAGGAGAAUAAGAACUCCGAAGACUCUCGUAGACAUUCCGUUGAGUACAACGCCCUCUAGGAAACGGAAACAUUCCGAAAAGACUGAGGAGGAGGAGGUUAAAGAGGUUAAAGCUAAAAGAGGAAGGGAGGUUAAGGAGAAGAAGGAGAAGGAAAAGGAGGAGAAGGUAGAGAAGGAGAAGGAAAAGGAGAAGGAGAAAGAGAGGGAAAAGGAGAAAGAUAAGGAUAAGAGCUUUGCUAAGAUGACGGAGCGGGCUAAUAAGCAAAGUAAGCUUGAUGAUAUUCUGAUGAAGGUUACUAGUAGGCAGACUAAGAGUUUGUUGGCGAAGGAGAAGAAGAGGAAGCUUGAGGAGGAGAAGGAGAGGAAGGAGGAGGAGAAGAAGGUUGAGUGUAAUGGUAAGGAGGGCAAGGAGGGUGUUGAGGAGAAGGAUAAAGGGUUGGGGAGGAGAAGAGGGAAGAUUACUUAUAAGAUUGCGGAGCUUGCUAAGGCGAAGAAGGAGAGACUUAGUCCGGUUAGGGCGGCAUCUAGGAGCAGCACUCCGAAGUUUGAUAAGAAACAACUGACGAUUCCGCAGAUGAUGGCGCCGGUUAAGAAGGUGGUGAAGGAGAAGAAGGAGGAGGAGGAGAAGGGGAAGGUGGAGGAAGUUUCGACUGCCAGUCCUGGGGAGUAUGAAGGCGGGGAUGAGGAUGAGGGAGAAGAGGAGGAGGAUUUGAGGCCUAAGAAUAUUCCGAGGAUUAGUAAGGUUGUUGAGGUUGUUGAGGAGGUUUGUGAGCGAGUUACGCCUGUACCUGAGGAAAAGAAGGAGGAAGCUAAGGAGGAGAAGGAGAAGGAAGUUGAGGUUCCUGUUGUGGAGGUUCUUGAGGUGGAGAAGCCUGUAGAGCCUGAGCCUGUAGAACCGGAGCCGAUGGAAGUUGAUAAGGAAGAGAAGGUUGAGGAGAAGAAGGACGAGGAGAAGGAAAAGGAACCUGAACCUGAGCCAGAAGUGGAGAAGGUGCAAGAAAAGAUGGAGGAGCAAGAGCCGGUGAAGGAAGUCAAGGAACUUGAAGAAUCUCCGGUUCCGGAGGAACCUAAAGAAUCUCCGGUAGCUCCUUUGGAAGAGGUCGCUCCGCUAGUCGAGGAGAAGCCAGUUGUCGUCGAGCAGCGGGAGGUGAUCCAACCUCCAGAGGAGAAGCAGCACUCUCCCGAAAGCGGGAAGACUACUCCACACUUGGAGAACCCAGGAUCGGUCAAGCGGACGCCGCCUCAACCAGAUCUACCUUCCAUGGGAGUCUACACUCCUGAUUCUACCACUAACUCCGUGCACUCCUUGCACUACGGUCAAUGUGACUUAGACGUUAGUCAACUAGGUCUAGAGUCUCCAACCUCAAUCGCUAGUGACCUGGCCUCCCAGCACAGUGUGGAGCGACCUCCCAGUGCUCUUCCGUCAAUAACAGUCCCAGCGCCUCUGAACAACCCCAUACAGAUACCCCCGCCCUCAGUAGCGAUGUCGCAGGUCCACUACGACUGCGCAAUUUCGCACUCUCCUCACAUGGCGAUCCACCACGGGUCCAUGCACCAGCCGCUCCAGCAACCGCGAACGCCCUCUAGUAUUCCCACCCAGAGCCCCCAGCCCCACCAAUCUCACACCCCCCAGCCGAUGCAAUCUCACACUCCUCAGCCAAUUCAAAGCCAUACGCCCCAACCAAUUCAAUCUCACACCCCACAGCCAAUACAGAGUCACACCCCACAGCCCAUACAGAGUCACACACCCCAGCCGAUACAAAGCCACACCCCCCAGCCUCUAGUCCACACAAUAACCCACAGUCCCCAGCCAAUGCAGUUGAUGGUCCAGCAGUCUCCGCACCACCACCACCCCCAAUCUCAGUCCCAGUCUCAAUCUCAGUCCCACCAAGGUCAGAUCCAAGGUCAAGGGCCAGCCCAGUCACAAUCUCAAGGACAAACCCAGUCCCACAGCAGUAGCAAGCGAGCAAAUGGCUCCCAGACCCACAGAUCUAGGUCGAACCAGCAAAGAUCUCACCGAGCGACUCCCCCGGCCUCCCAGAGCCAGCAUAUCCACACAGUGACCCACGGAAGCGCGCUCCCACCCCAGUACCAACAGACCACCAUGUCCGUCCCGCAUCACACCCACUCGCACUCUCAUUCCCACAACAUGGCGGUGAUCUCCCAGGGGAACUACAUGGCAGUAGCUUCCCAAGGAUUCCCUUCGCAAAGCACUUACGUGAUCCAGCACAGAGGUGGAAGGUCAGGAGCACCAACGCCCUGCACCACUGCUACCAACUUUUACAUCCAGACUUCAGCGAUGCCACACUCUCAUACACCCUCGCCAUCUUUAACCGGGUCCACCAACCACCAGACCCCCAGCUCCUGUAGCCUAACCAAGCUUCAGCAGCUGACCAACGGCCUGGAGAUGAUCCCCCCAACCCCAGCUUCUUCUAUGAAUCUCACCCCGCCGCCUAUUUCCCACAACAUGACCCCGCCGCAGAACUCACGGCAGCUUCCAACUCCGCCUCAAGUUCCGCUAGGGUACCCCAAGAACUACUACAACGUCAACACCGCCACAGGACCCAGCAGGUCCACGUCCAGGUCAUCCGCUAACGCCAAUAUGACUUCCCUGACCCAAUACCCUUCGGAGAGUCUCUAUAGGCAAACUCUGGACCCUGGCAGCACCUGUCCUCAAAUGCAAGGUUCUGCCACUAGAGUGAGCUCCAAUGUGGCGCUUAAUACCAAUCUUAUGGCUGCUGCGCAAUAUGGCUACCGGGUCAGUCAGCCAACCAGUGGAUACAUGAACCAGGCGGCACAAAUUGGAGGAUUCAUGAACCAGGCUGGACAAUUGCCCGUUGGGGUCGUCAAUGUUCCUGCUCCCUACUCUCAGGAUCCUCAUCAGCAAAAUCCGGUUUAUACUUAUCAUGGGUACAUCAACAGUGGGCUCAUGCAACCCCUUAAUGGCACCAUGCGCCCCCGAUAA